GUUGUUAUAAUUAAAAAUUGUUGGUAUUCCACGUAGUGAAACUUAUACUCUCACAUGUAACGAUAAGUUGCAAUAAGUAGAGUAAUUUGAUAAUAAACAUGAAAUUAUUGUUGUUAGUGGCAUUUUUGAUCUCGAUAUGGACGUGUACGAUUGGGAAAAGACACAGAAAAAAUAAAUAUCUUAAGUUUGAUGGUAACGACACUGAUGACUUCAAUCAAGAACCGUCGUUUAAUGACACGGAUUCAGCCAUUCAUUUGGAUUUAAAAGGAGAUCUCAGGAAGUUAUUCUUUGUGUUGAGCGCUGAGUCUAAACCGGAAUCUAAUACAUUAUGCUCGCCAAUCUCAGCAAUUUUGCCGCUUGCUAAAUUGGCGUUGGGAGCUCAGGGGGACAGCUUGAAGGAGUUACUUUCAGCUAUUGGUGUCCGCAAAAGAGAGAUGAUCGGUAAACAGUUCAAGCCUCUCCUGCUGCAGCUUCGUUACCUUCCCGGUGUAAGGCUCGAUAUCGCUAGUAGGCUGUACGUGUCCCAGAACGCUCGUCUUAACCGCAAGUUUGUAGAUUUAGCACGAGACAUAUUUGAGAAUAGUGCCGCCAAGAUUGACUUCAAUUUCCCAACGUACGUCGCCGAGGAGAUAAACGCCUGGGUAUCCUCACAAACCAAUGGCAUCAUUAAAGACAUGUUUGAGCCGACGGACAUCUCACCGUCCUCUUCGUUGGUACUCGUCAAUGCGGUGUAUUUUAAUGGUCGAUGGGAAACUCCGUUUGAAAGUGUUAAAAUUGGAACGUUUCACACAAUGACCAGCCAGAAAACCAUACAAAUGAUGUCUCUGAAUGGAGAAUUUAAUUAUACAUCCAGUGAGGCUCUGGGAUCUCAGGUAAUCAGUAUCCCGUACUCCGGAGGUCGCGCAUCUCUGGUGCUGGUGUUGCCUUUGUCUCGGACCGGUCUGCCUCCUCUCUUGCACGCCCUGAGACUCGCGCCCUGGAUGCUGAGGGCCGUCUUCGAUGAGAUGACCCACACGCGAGUACACAUCACCAUGCCUAAGUUCAGUGUCACCUCUGAGCUUGACCUCGCGACAGCAUAUAAAAAGUUAGGCCUCAAAACAAUUUUCGACGCGAACCUCUCGGGCCUGCUGACGAUAGUACGAGACGAGAAAAUUUUCAUUUCAAAUGCGAAACACAAAUGUUACAUAGAAGUGAACGAGUAUGGGACGGAGGCUGCCGCGGCUUCCGGUACGGUAUUAAUGAAGUUGUCUCCUUCCAAGCCGAUAGAUUUCCACGCUGACCACCCGUUUUUGUACUUCAUAAUGGUGAAUGACCAACAAUUAUUUUCCGGGACGUUUGUCGACCCAGAAACAAAGUCUCAUUAAAAUAUACACCAAUAUAAUAAAAGUUAUAAAAAUAAAGAAUUUAUUUAGAAA